CAGCGUCCAGUAUUCUCUCGUCCCCCUCAAGGAAAGGUCAGAAGGGCACCCUGGUGGGCUACUCUCCUGAAGGGACCCCCCUCUACAACUUCAUGGGCGAUGCUCUGCAGCACACAUCGCAGUCGAUUCCCCGCUUCAUCAAAGAUUCCCUGAAGCAAAUCCUGGAGGAGUACGACUCCAGGCAGAUCUUCUACUUCCUGUGUCUCAACCUGGCGUUCACCUUCGUGGAGCUGUUUUACGGCGUUUGGACCAACAGUCUGGGGCUGAUCUCUGACGGCUUCCACAUGCUGUUCGACUGCUCCGCUCUGGUGCUCGGCCUGUUCGCUGCGCUCAUGACUCGCUGGAAAGCUACCAGGAUCUUCUCCUACGGGAUCCAUCUGGAUGUGGUUCUGGAGACGAACCUGGCCACUAUCAGGGUUCUGGAGAGCGUGCAGAAGAAGCUGACCCGCCUCGCCCCGGAGGAUCAGGACCGCUUCCGGUUAGACGACUGCCUGGGCGGCACCUCGGAGGUCAUCCAGCGCCGCGCCGUGUACCGGAUCUACGGAGACAAAGCACCCGAGAUCAUCGAGGGUCUGAAGAGGAAUCCUGCCACUGCCGUGCCUGUGGUGCUCAAGAG